UGAAAGAAAACCUUCAUUUGUGACCAAGCACACUGCUGUAGAUGAGUCUGAAUGUGCGAAUGAGAGUGCAGGUGAACACGGCACAGAUGAGAGCAUGCAGAGCAGUCUGGAUAUCAGCAAGCUGCCGCAAGGCACAGUGGUGGUCAAGCCGGAACCGGUUGCUAAUGAAGCUAAAGAUGAAUUCCGUGGCCCCGAGUUUCGUAGCAGAGGAAGUAAAGUGAAAGAGGACGGUGCUCGGAAACGUCCUGACGAGCGGCUCAAGGAGAUUUUUAAUUGCACAGCAUGUGGACAGCAAGUCAAUCACUUUCAGAGAGAUUCUGUGCUUCAACAUCCCGCACUACAUGUUCUUAUCUGCAAGUCAUGUUUCAAAUAUUAUAUGAGUGAUGAUAUCAGCAAGGAUGAAGAUGGAAUGGAUGAGCAAUGCAGGUUGGUGCAGAACAUUUAUUUAUUUAUAACACUCUAG